AUGACAAGUGAGGAAGAGAGUUUUCUUGUCUUAGUGCAUUGCUCUAGAAAAAUUCAAAGAAGCAAAAAAUACGGUGUGAAGUUCAUUGACAGAGAAUCGUUGAGUGUAUUUAUCAGUUCAUCAAGCACAUUGUCAGAUGUAAAGAACAGUAUCUUGCAGAAGUUUGGAGUAUUUGGGAACAAGUGGGUGAAGAAGCUAUUCUAUAAGAUUCCCAUCGCAGUUGUGUCGACCGGUGUUAAGUAUGAUACGUUUGUGAUAGCGGCCGAUGAAGAUAUUCGGGUUCUGUUUUAUUGUGUUAGGAGUUUUUCAAAGGUCAGAAUACACAAGCUGUAUGCAAAGUUAGAGGUUGGUGUUGAUAGUUCUGGGGCAUCAGGUCCGGUUCAUAGCUCGACUGCGGUGGGCGGUGCGUCUAGUUCGAUGCCUGCGGCCGCACCAACUGUUUCGCAGCAAACAUUUGAGGUGGAUACUGGUCAUGGCAUUAUUCACGAUGUUCAAGUGUUCGGGGAACCUGAUCGAGUUGAGAAUGCAAUGCAGGACAAUGACUCAGACCAAGAGCCUGUUGAUAUAAUUGGGGAAAGCGACGAUGACACAGAUGCCAAUCCAUAUACACAGCAUGGCCCUUCAAGUUCCGGCACACAGCAGUACCCUCCGCACUUCUCCACUCUAAACUUGGAGGCUUUGGGGCAACAAGCAGACGGAGGUGCUACUAUUGGGGGUUCUUCUACAGAGUUUCAGAUUGGACAAUCAUUCCAGAAUAAAGAUGAAGCUGUUUUGAGUGUGAAGGACUAUAGCAUCUGUCGAGGUGUUGAGUACAGAGUCUUAGAGUCGAAUCAUUUGAAGUAUCGUGGGAAAUGCAAGGAGUUCGGUAAGGGUUGUAGUUGGUUGAUUCGCAUAUCGCUUCGUGCACGAAAGGGCACUUGGGAGGUUAGGAGAUACAAUGGUCCGCACACUUGCUUGGCCACCUCCAUUUCCAAUGAUCAUCGGCAGCUUGAUGACCACGUUAUCUGUGCGAGGAUUUAUCUGUUGGUUAGGGUGGAUGCUGCGGUACCAGUAAAGGUCUUGCAACAAGCAACGGAAGCCGAUUAUGGGUUCAAGCCUAGUUACAGGAAGGUUUGGAUGGCAAAACAGAAGGCAAUAGCACAAAUAUAUGGAGAUUGA